CUCGUUUCGCUGUGAAGAAAUGCACCAUUAACGUCUCCACGUAUGAUAUUUGAAAACGAUGAACAUAUUUGGAUGUUUUAUUGUAUCAAUCAUUUACUUAUCACUUUUAUUUAAUGGAUCAACAGUUUACGGAGAAAACCUAACUUGUUAUCAAUGUACAAAAAAUGAAGAUGAAAAAUGCGAGUUAGAAUUCUUAUUACCAUGUCCGGCCAAAUUCGAUAGAUGUGCUAUGCAUAUCACAAAAUAUGCUAGUACAGGAUUCCAAAUAAAACGUGAGUGUGGAUUAGGACCGUGCGAUUUUAACGAUUUAUUAAUGAAUAACAAUCUCGGAAUGAAAUGCGACCGAUCGAAACAAGAAUAUUCAUGUCUUUCUUGCUGUAAAGGAAACGGUUGUAACAACAAUUCGGAUAAGCGUUCGAAAAUUUCCUGGACAUUAUUUAUGAUGGUUGUAUUGAUGAUUUCUCUCCAAAUUGUAAAGAAUUAUCAACCUCCGUAUGUCUUCAACUAUGAUUUAACUUAACUUUAGUUAAAUGACUAUAAACGAUUAAAAAAUUAAAUUUGAUUUAAAGAUAUAUAUUAUUUCGUUUUGAAUUGAAUAACUUAAGAGAUUUUAUUUUUCCUUAAUAAGAAUAAAAUUAAUAGUAAUAAAUCUUUUAAAGUAACUAAUUAAUAUCAUUAUAAACGUAUAUAUUAGAAGAAAUACAUGUGUCAAAAUAAAUCUAUGAAAAAAAAGGUGAAAA